AUGGUCCCUUUUCUGAAGUGGCUAGCUGAGCUGUUUUUAAAUGUGUUUCAAUGCUUUCCUACGUCACGGACUUCACACCGCGAGUUAGGUUGGUUUGGGGCGGACUUGGUUUGGACUGAUCCUGAGUUAUCUCCGGAGGCUGCUGUCUGGCACCAUGACUUAGAUGAUGUUAUCAAAGUCAUAGUGCCUCUCCCAUGCCAAGAUGGACAUAAACAGCUAGCAGACCUUGCUGUGGAUAAAGAUGGUGUUAAAAGGGUUCUUAGUUACUUUGAAGCCGUGAGGUCUCUGCCGCUAGGCAGUAAAGACCCAAUGGUCGUUGCUCAGGAGCUAAGAGACUUAACUCUUAAAAGAGUUAAGGCCUGCAAGCAGCUACGUGACGCCUACUGUGCUCGCCUAGGCAUAGGAGAUAUGAUCCUAGCAGAGGUUCAGCUGGAAGAUCCUAGCAACGGGUAUGCUCCAGCAUUUUUAAGCCAUCACCCAGCUGGUGCUAUUUUAGUUGACUUGGCUGUUCUGCUGGAACACGCUGCGACUGUCUGCUCUAAAUAUUUGCCAGUGAAAUUUGCUCCCUUCAGCGGCCAUGAUCCUUUGGUCUGGUCAGAGCCAGGUGAUAUUGACCUGCAGAGAGCUCUAGCUUUUAGAAGAGCCCUUUCAAGAUAUGAUAAAGCACAGAGAAUCCGACACAACUGGUUUAGUAAGCGCAUGACGGAGCUUGAAGGCUUGAUUAAGGCAAUUUAUGGUUGCGAGGCCAUACGUGUAUGGUGUUACAGUCACCAAGAAGAUCCUAUGGCAAGUGUUCAAUCCAAUUACCUUCAUGAUGUGGUUAGGGCAGCAGUCCCUCUCCAAGAUCCCGACUACCAACGGGUUGCGGAAGACAAGACAGUCUAUCUAGACAGGGCUAUCCUUGUAGACCUAGCUGUUUAUAAGGAGGGUGUCCGCAUGGUUCUCCACAAGUAUGGAGUUAUUGACUUUGUUCCCAUGAGCAAUAAUAAUCCUGUGGUUCUCUCGCAACCUGGUGAAACAAUGGAAUACAAGCAGGUUGCUGCUUAUAAGAAUAUAUUAGAGAGAUAUUCUUAUUAUCUUCAUGAAGAAUGCCGUCUGCUUGGCCCUAUGGCCAAAGUCUGGACCAUAUAUAUUUGCUGUCCGAAAUAUAAAAGCCACCCUUGGGAGAUUAUCCAAGAGCUAGAAUUAGUUCAAGUUGACCUUGCCGUUAAUCCCAGCGGUAUCUCAAGGGUUCACCACCUCUAUGAGUUAGUUGAAUUUCAGAGGUUGAGUGAAGCCGACCCAAUAAUCCAGAUGAUAUUCAAUGGAUACAGUCACAUUCUUUAG